AUGCUUGAAGCACGUCUCCAACAAGCCAGACUUCUCAAGUCUCUUCUCGACGCUGUGAGAGAACUCGUUACUGAAUGUAACUUUGACUGUAACGAUACCGGUAUUGCUCUUCAAGCUAUGGAUAACUCUCAUGUCGCCUUAGUGUCUAUGUUGUUACGUUCUGACGGUUUCGACCCUUACCGUUGCGAUCGUAACUUACCUUUGGGUAUCAACUUGACCAACCUGGGCAAAAUCUUAAAGUGCGCCAGAAAUGAAGAUAUAUUGACUCUUAAAGCAGAUGAUGGUGGUGAUGUUUUAAGUUUGGUUUUUGAAAGCAAAGAGCCUAUUAUCGCUGGUCGACGAACGCGGUCUCAUGUGUCUUUCUAUUCCAAUUGCAUUGCAGAUAGUGAAAAGAUCAGUGAAUACGAUCUCAAAUUGAUGGAUAUUGAUAGCGAGCAUUUGGGUAUUCCUGAAACAACAUAUGAUGCAGUUGUCAGCAUGUCUUCUGCACGUUUCCAAGAGAUCUGUCGUGAUUUGGCUAGUCUUAGUGAAACAGUUACAAUUGAAUGUUCAAAGGAUGGUAUUCGAUUUUCUGCUGAUGGUGAAAUCGGUAAAGGUGCUGUUACAUUAAAGGCCAAUAGUGCUGUCGAUAACGAAGAAGAUGCCACCGUGAUUGAACUUCAACAAAGUGUCGUUAUGACCUUUUCCAUCAAAUACCUUGUUAACUUUACAAAAGCCACCCCUCUUGCGCCUCGUGUCAGCUUAAAUAUGUCAGCAGAUGUUCCUCUUUUGAUUGACUAUAAACUCGAAAACCUGGGUUAUGUCAGAUAUUACUUGGCUCCCAAGAUCGAAGAAGCCGAGUAA